AACCGCUCACUGAAAAGAGUCAAUUUGAACUUAACUUGUGUAACGGGUUGGAUCUCUUGGUUCUAGUUUUGAUUCUAAGUUUGUUUUAAUAUGAGCUACAUCAGUUGGUAACUGAGUGACUAACCCGAAACCUUUGAAUUGUAUGUCAUUGGGUUGUUUAUCAUACUGUUACAACGAAUCUGCCCCAUUACUGAAGACAAUGAGUAAAUCACGAAUCAUAAAUUCUCCGUUUAGUCCUUCACAUUACGCUGACUUUAAUAGUUAAAUCAGUCGACCUUUAACCACUACGUUGUGUAUUUGGGCCCCGCACUCGUUCUUUGACUGGAGCAACGCAUGCAUCAUCAAUGGUCAUGAAAACGUGUGCCUUGAAGCUGAGAACAUAAACAUGUACUUGGAGACUUCCAGAUUAGUUUGUUACAUCCGUGAAUGCCUGACGGCACAAGUAAACCCUCUUUACCGCUUAUGUGUAAGUGAUUUCCUAGUACAGUUAUGUCUUUUAAACUUGAUUUUUUGAAAAUAUCUGUUUCAGAUAUUCUUGGAAUGAUUGAAAGCAAAGUCCGAAGUUUGCAGUAUAUUUUUGAGUUCCCUCAAAUUACAGACCUAUUCGAUGUCUCUGAACGACAAGGGCAGGGUACAUUUGCCUCUGUCUUAGCAGUCAAAAGUAAACAAGAUCCUGAUGAAUCCAAAUAUUAUGCUUUGAAAAUGAUUAUCCCAACAGUCGAUGUUCGUAGAAUUGAGAAUGAAAUUCGUAUUCUGAGAAGAUUGGGUGGUAAGCAUAAUGUAAUUCAAAUGCAUACAGCAAUGCGGAUUCGUGAUCAUGUGUUCAUCUUAAUGCCUUUUAUUGAUUACAUCCCUUUCACAGACUAUUAUCUAACUGCAGAUGAGAAAGAAAUCAGACGAUAUAUGCGCGCACUCCUCUCAGCUUUAGCUCAUGUUCAUAAAUACAAAGUAAUUCACCGUGAUGUAAAGCCUACAAACUUUCUUAUGGAUCAAAAAACGAAACAAUUUUUUCUCGUAGAUUUUGGUCUGGCACAUUCUGAAGAGUUUGGUGAUAUUGAUGAAAGAUGGGAGCGCAAAUUUGAAAUCAACUCUGAUUCAGAUACAAAGAAAAAUGAGUUAAUGAAAAGAGUUUCAAGUUUUUCUCGGACAAAUCUUAACAUAUCAGAGAAUAACCAGCGUGUAAAUUUAGCAAACAGAGAAAACAGUUAUACUCAUAAACGAGAUUCCAUGGAUUCUACAAACUCAUUAUUCGCUUAUAAGUGUAAUUCUUCAAAAAUUGAUAACAAAUCAUCAUUUAAAGGUGCAUCUAUCAAAUCCUCUCAACAAAUAUCAAGUAACCUAACACAAUCUUUAGGACAAGGAGGAUGCGUUUGUGGUUCACGUCUCACUGUAUGUCGUGGUUGUCGACAUUUACCUCGAGCACCAACUGUUCGUAGAGGCGGAACACUUGGCUUUAGACCUCCAGAAGUAAUGAUGCGUCAUAUCGAACAAACAACUGCUGUUGAUAUAUGGGCUGUUGGAAUUAUAUUUAUUUCUUUCCUUUCUGGUCGUUAUCCUUUUAUAAAAGUAGACGAUGAUUUGGAUGUACUUCAUGCUUUCACUCAUCUAAUUGGAUAUGAACGCAUGCAAAUGGGUGCCAGAAGCAUUGGUAGGAGACUGUUACUUGAUCCUAGACCACCACCUAUGGAAGCUAGUGAUUCACCUAUUCUCUGGCUUAAAACAAGAUGUUCUGCAAUUAGAUUAUACGAGAAAAAAUUUGCUGGUCUACCUCCUUUAUUACGUAAAACUACAAUAAAGUCAACUAAUUUAACUAAUGAUAAUUCUAUACAAACUACAGAAUUAUCUAAUGGAAAACCAGUGAUUGCUUUAUCUUCAACGCAUAUUUUUCCCACUUCAGCUUAUGAUCUAUUAGCUCGUCUAUUAGAACCAUGCCCACAGAAACGUAUUACUGCUCAAGAUGCACUUCGUCAUCCAUAUUUUUGUAAUACUAAAACUCAACGACAUUCUAGUAUACCAUUAAAAUAUCCAAAUAUACAAUCAAAUUCAUUACUUCAUAAACGUACAUCUCGUUCAAGUUUUUGUGAAUCAACAACUAAUUUUAUACCGAGACCACAAUUUUGUUGAAAGUGACUAGAUUAUUGAUUUUUUUAAAACUUAUUUUUGUAAUAAAUUCAGAUAUUUAGUCGGGAUGGGGGGAGGGGAAUUUUCUCCCAUCAUUGUAUCAUUAACCCCCACCUAUUGGAUAUAUCACAGUAAAUUAAUCAUAUUGACUGAUUAAUGUAAACAUUCAAAUGUUGUACAGAGAUUGUAUCUUUUGUAUGUAAAGUAGCUUUUUCAAUGUCUUAGUAACAUUGUAAUUAAAGUUUAAAAUAUAUAGUUAUGUUUUGUAAUUUCUUAAUAAUUCACUUUCUACGAUUUUGUUCUCACUUUGUUGUUGACAUGAACUUAGGAAUAACAUUUUCUUUAUCUACCUUUUGAGAGAUUAACUUUCUACCCGGAGAACCAGUUUUUAGCUUUAAGAUAAGAUUGACCUAUUUGUUGAUAAUCCAGAAAAAAUUCAUGGUCUGCUGGAUACCUUGAGUAACAAUAAAAUUUCUUUAAGUACAAAAUUUCACUUCAAGACUGGUAUGUGUCAACGUUUAGUCCUGUCAGAGGUAGUGAAGUGAUAGUGUACUGACAACUGUAGUUAUCUAGUUAGUCUGGUAAACCGUUUUAGUUGGGCCCUUUAUUUUGUGUUGUCAUUUAGAACGAACGAUGUUGUCGAAAAGGCUCUCCAUAUUAGUGGCCCGUGGAUCUGACUCCAAUUAGAUCGUAUGAAUGUUUGUUAUCGCCUAUCCUCGUAUAUAAUCAUCGACUUAAAUCGCGUUAGUCAAUAGCGGAAUUAAAUGAGUCGAACAACGAGAAUGGACUUGUGAAUACAUAUAUUUUGUAUAUAAAGCGAAUGGAAUAGAGAGAAGAGGAAGGACUCAGAGUAGAGAUGGCUGGUAAGCCAACUCCCAUUUAACCAAGCGUUAAUCAAUAUUUAUGGUUACACAAAAGUAAGUUACAGAUAUGUGAUGAGUAAUGG